CUUUGGAAGAAAGAAAUGGCUGAGAUGGACAAAGCGAGUGAGAAAUCAAACAGUAGUAGUGUUAGAGUAUGUGGCAUGCAAUUUUCUUACGACGGGCAGACUCGUCUCUUCUACGAUUUCAAUCUCGAUAUCUCACCGAGAUCUCGUUGUCUUCUUGUUGGUGCCAAUGGAUCUGGGAAGACGACCUUGUUGAAAAUUUUGGCCGGAAAGCAUAUGGUUGGAGGAAGAGACGUUGUCCGAGUGCUUAAUGGAUCAGCCUUUCAUGACACGCAACUUGUUUGUAGUGGUGACUUGGCAUAUCUGGGAGGCUCUUGGAGUAAAACUGUUGGCUCUGCUGGAGAGAUUCCACUCCAGGGAGACUUCUCUGCGGAACAUAUGAUAUUCGGAGUUGAAGGUGCUGAUCCUGUUAGGAGAGAGAGGUUGAUUGAGCUGCUUGAUAUUGACCUACAGUGGCGAAUGCAUAAGGUAUCUGAUGGGCAGCGACGCAGAGUCCAAAUUUGCAUGGGUCUUCUUCACCCUUUUCAGGUUCUUUUGCUGGAUGAGGUCACGGUUGACCUAGAUGUCGUUGCUAGGCUUGAUUUACUUGACUUCUUUAAGGAAGAAUGUGAUCAGAGAGGAGCUACAAUUGUUUAUGCAACCCAUAUAUUUGACGGAUUGGAGACAUGGGCCACUCAUCUAGCAUACAUCCAAGAUGGUGAGUUGAGAAGGGCUGAGAAGUUAACAGAAGUUGAUGAGUUGAAAAGCUCGGCCAACCUUCUAUCCGUUGUUGAGUCUUGGCUCCGUUCUGAAACCAAGCUUGAGAAGAAAAAAAAUAUCAACCCUCCUGCACAAGUUCAAAAGUCCUCUCCCUUUGGUACUUCUCCCUUUAUGUCAUCCAGACACAUGGCAUACUAUCGUUAAUCUCCCUAUUUAACAAAUUUCACAUUGGAAUUCAAGUAUACAAGAGGGUAAAGAUUUUUUAUAACUGAUCAUUCAUAGUUGACCCCUGUAUAUUUCUUAUUCUUUGAGUGAUAUAGUAUUUUGGCAGAGUUUUAUAGAGGAAGGAUAGCAGUAAUAGUUACUUGGAGUUUGCUCUGGUAAAUAGUGAACCCAGGUUUUAUGCUUCUGGCAUUACGAAAUAAUGUUGUAAUUUACCAUGUUGUCUCGAGAACUACUUGUAAGAUUUUCU